GCAGUGCAGGCGGGGUUUGCCAGCUGGAGGAAGAGUCAAUCAGUUGGCAUCACGGCUCGAAACCCUGCACACUGCAUCACGCCCUGAGUGGAAUGGAAGAAAAGGACAAGAAACAAAAUGGGGAGUACACCGGAGAGAUAAAGGGUGGGCUGCGGCCUUCAAUGAAACUCGUUGUUAUGGGAAUUAUUAACAAGAAACCCAAGAGCAUCGAGGUGAUUCUGUCCAGUGCGCCUCAGGAGGAGGAGACGGAGGGAGACGUGGGACUCCAGCUGAAGGUGAGCUUCAUGGAUAAAGCGGUCCAACGCAACGCCCGCCUGGCUGGAAAGUGGGGAAGACCUGAAACUACUCUCUCCUUCUUUCCUUUUGCACCUGGAGAAUCCUUCAAGAUGGAGAUCGUUUGUGAGCACCAGCAGUUUCGUAUCUUGGUGGACGGACAGCCUCUGUGUGGAUUCAGCCACCGGUUCACUCCGCUCGCCUCCCUCACUGCCUUACGAGUCUUCGGAGACGUCCACCUCACCAAGGUGGCCUAGCACCAGCGUUUGAGGAUGUUUUUGGGGACAGUAUACAAUACAUACAGUUAGAAUAGAGCUACUUUUUUGAAUGAAACGAUGAUGGGGAUGUGGGGAAACAAAGUUACACCUGCCUCGUAAUCACGUGUUAAGACAAAGUGCCUUCACUAGAUUACCUGUUUGGGGACUUGAAGAUAAUGUGACAGUCGUCAAUGUCUUGAAAUCAACCGAGGAAUGUGAUUUGAACUGAAACCAAUGUGGUCCAAGCUAUAAUAUUUUCCCUCCCGGAUGAACAUUUGCACAAACAUGAUGUGUCACUGCUAUAAAAAGGAGUGCUGCAUCCGUCUUUGUGCAUUCAAAAAAUCUCAGACGUUUGUCUUUGAUUUCUCUGGAGUUAACCUUUGAAAGCACUUACGUUUACGAGCGCCUGCAUGAAGAUGAAUGUUUCUGAAAUCAGCUGAUUGUAAUUCUGUGCCCGACUAAGUACUGUAACAGGUGUAAUAAUGUCAAAUACUUUAGCAUACAUUAGUGCAUGCCAGUAACACACACAGUUUGUUUCAUUCCUCUCAGUUUGUCUCCAGAUCAAACACACAUCUGGACGGAUUAGGUCACACACGUUUUGUAUCAUUAUCACCUUUGAAAAGCGAUUAACGCCCACUAGUUUGUGUACUUUUAUUUCACCCUGAGCACUUUUUUAUCAUGUUAAUGUUUCAUUAUGGCUUUACUCCACCGCAAUAAAUCACUUUUGUUGUUA